AUGGCAAACUGGAGCGUGAAACCCCCAACUAUCGAAACCUGGCUAUUUAACCUGCCUCGUCUCGCAAAGUCAACCCAGAUCCUACCUAUCUACUCCCGUGAAGAGAUAGAGAAGUGGAAGGAGGAAUUCCAUAAGAUUAACACCAACUAUGAUAGCCAUAUCGAUCCCUGGGAGUACCUUAGAUAUGCAAAAGAGAAGGGCUUGAAGAUAACCGACGAAGAGGCCGUAGACUGGGUCAGAAAGCUGGACGUUGACGGCAACGGUCAAGUUGAAUUCGGCGAGUUUCUCACAGCGUUUGGUACAAGGCUCGACGCGCAAAAGUAA